AUGCUGCGCGAAGCUGUGGACUCUGGUUCGGAGAUUGGCUUGAGGGCCAAGUCGGUGAUGGCACAGGGGCAGCUUGUGAGCGACGACAUCGUGAUCGGCAUCAUCAGGGAGAGGGUGAAGGCCGCGGACUGCCUCAAGGGUUUCAUCUUGGAUGGUUUUCCCCGCACCACUGCCCAAGCGCUUGCCUUGGACGAGAUGCUUGCAGCCACCGGUGAGGAAGUGAAGACCGUCUUGGAGCUUAGUGUGCCAGAUGAAGUGUUGAUUGAGAGGAUCGGAGGGCGGUGGAUUCACAAGGCAUCUGGCCGGUCAUACCACACAAAGUACAAUCCCCCGAAGUCCUUCGAUGGCAAGAGCGAGCCAACGCCAGAGAAUAUGCGGGACGAUCAGACCGGCGAAGCUUUGACCCAACGUCCAGACGACAACAAGGACGCUCUUCCCAAGAGGCUUGCUGCCUACCAUGCUGAGACAGUGCCUGUGCUUGGGCAUUACAAGUCCCGCUCAGGGUGCCGCGUUGCGCAGGUGGAUUCCAAUCUGGGCCCCACGCGUAAGACGGAGGACAUUUGGGCAGACUGUGCUAAAGCAUUGGGCUUGAAGCGUGAGCAGAUCAUCCUGAUGUUUGGCCCGCCGGCGGCAGGGAAGGGCACGCAUGGGGGCCGCAUAACGGCAGCACUCGGAAUUCCGCAGCUCUCAACCGGAGACAUGCUGCGCGAAGCGGUGGACUCCGGUUCGGAGAUUGGCUUGAGGGCCAAGUCGGUGAUGGCACAGGGGCAGCUUGUGAGCGACGACAUCGUGAUUGGCAUCAUCAGGGAGAGGGUGAAGGCCGCGGACUGCCUCAAGGGUUUCAUCUUGGAUGGUUUUCCCCGCACCACCGCCCAAGCGCUUGCCUUGGACGAGAUGCUGACAGCCACCGGUGAGGAAGUGAAGACCGUCUUGGAGCUUAGUGUCCCAGAUGAAGUGUUGAUUGAGAGGAUCGGAGGGCGGUGGAUUCACAAGGCAUCUGGCCGGUCAUACCACACAAAGUACAAUCCCCCGAAGUCCUUCGAUGGCAAGAGCGAGCCAACGCCAGAGAAUAUGCGGGACGAUCAGACCGGAGAAGCUUUGACCCAACGCCCAGACGACAACAAGGACGCUCUUCCCAAGAGGCUUGCUGCCUACCAUGCUGAGACAGUGCCUGUGCUUGGGCAUUACAAGUCCCGCCCAGGGUGCCGGGUUGCGCAGGUGGAUUCCAAUCUGGGCCCCAUGCGUAAGACGGAGGACAUCUGGGCAGACUGUGCCAAAGCAUUGGGCUUGAAGCGUGAGCAGAUCAUCCUGAUGUUUGGCCCGCCGGCAGCAGGGAAGGGCACGCAUGGGGGCCGCAUAACGGCAGCACUCGGAAUUCCGCAGCUCUCAACCGGAGACAUGCUGCGCGAAGCGGUGGACUCCGGUUCGGAGAUUGGCUUGAGGGCCAAGUCGGUGAUGGCACAGGGGCAGCCUGGCAGCCUGAUUUGUCUCGUGUUCUCUCAAGCUGCAAAGGUUGCGGCUUUAACCCUGGCUGCGGGGGAGGUGGCACCCCAAAACAGCGGAAGACCAAACAGGCAGCUUGUGAGCGACGACAUCGUGAUCGGCAUCAUCAGGGAGAGGGUGAAGGCCGCGGACUGCCUCAAGGGUUUCAUCUUGGAUGGUUUUCCCCGCACCACCGCCCAAGCGCUUGCCUUGGACGAGAUGCUGGCAGCCACCGGUGAGGAAGUGAAGACCGUCUUGGAGCUUAGUGUCCCAGAUGAAGUGUUGAUUGAGAGGAUCGGAGGGCGGUGGAUUCACAAGGCAUCUGGCCGGUCAUACCACACAAAGUACAAUCCCCCGAAGUCCUUCGAUGGCAAGAGCGAGCCAACGCCAGAGAAUAUGCGGGACGAUCAGACGGGAGAAGCUUUGACCCAACGUCCAGACGACAACAAGGACGCUCUUCCCAAGAGGCUUGCUGCCUACCAUGCUGAGACAGUGCCUGUGCUUGGGCAUUACAAGUCCCGCUCAGGGUGCCGGGUUGCGCAGGUGGAUUCCAAUCUGGGACCCACGCGUAAGACGGAGGACAUUUGGGCAGACUGUGCCAAAGCAUUGGGCUUGAAGGCUUGA